CAGACUCCUCAGAGACUCUCAACACAAAAACACACACUCUCUCUCUCUCAUACACACGCAUUUUGAACUGGAAUCUCGCCGGCGAUUGUUCGGUUCCUCUGCCGGAGGCUCCGAAACCAGCCUCUCCAGCCGUGGCUUCGUCAGGGCAACAACAACAAAGCCUUUCUCGAAGAAAACCCUCUUCCUCUUCUUCAUCGUCUUCGGCUAAUCGGACCGUGAUUUCGGGUCGGACCCGUAUAUCCUACAGAGAAUCCGCGAGCCCGUCGUCGGAUUCGGAUCUUGAAUUGCCCUUCUGGCAACAGACCUGGUUCAUUGUUCUGCUCUUCGUCAUGGCUUUCUCUUUCUUCGCUCUCGCCAUCUUCCUCUUUCUCUCUCUAGACUCCGAUUACACUUCCUCUCCUGUUUACGCUGCCUCUGAGGGCGUUCAGAUUACUUAUGGUUCAGUUAUCAAGCUUAUGCAUGAAAAGACGAAAUUCCGCUUGCAUUCGCACGAUGUGCCAUAUGGUUCGGGUAGUGGUCAGCAGUCGGUCACCAGUUUCCCCAAUGUUGAUGAUUCUAAUAGCUACUGGAUUGUUAGGCCUGUGCCAGACUCAUCUGCUAAACAAGGUGAUACAAUUAAAGGCGGAACAAUCAUCCGAUUGCAACAUAUGAGGACAAGGAAAUGGCUGCAUAGCCACUUGCAUGCAUCCCCGAUCUCAGGCAAUAUCGAGGUGAGUUGCUUUGGAGGGGAUCAUGAAUCUGAUACUGGGGAUUAUUGGAGACUUGAAAUAGAGGGAAGUGGGAAAACUUGGAGGCAAGAUCAAAGGAUUAGGCUUCGUCACGUGGACACCGGUGGUUACUUACACAGUCAUGACAAAAAAUUCACACGAAUAGCUGGAGGUCAGCAAGAGGUUUGUGGCAUCCGAGAAAAACGUGCUGAUAAUGUUUGGUUGGCAGCAGAGGGUGUCUACCUCCCAAUUACAGAAAGCAAGUAAAAGUCACCUGGGUUUUGGGAUCUUUGAAUACUAGGAUGUAGGAUUUCAGUUUCUUGGAAGGUUUUUGUUGGUGAAUCUUAGAUGUAUUUUGUUUUUGCUGUGAGGAAGAAUCAUAGCAUUCUUGAGCAACAUAAAUUUCAGAAUUCUAUAUAUAAAUGACAGGCUUACUAUCAAUUACCGCAUUUAGUUGCUUGUAAUGGUUAUCAAAAACUAUGAAUACAGUGCAACUCUUGUCAAAAGGAAAUGCCUUGCCUUGUUCUA